GAGAGUGUGUGUGUGUGUGUGUGUGUCACCGGCUGCUAAACCGGUCUGAUCAGUAUCAUAGUUCAGUCCUGUAAGGGAAUACGUCUUGUUGAAUGAGCAGAUCGGACAGACAGGAAGAAGAGCGAAAGGGAGCACAUACUGAAAGGGAAAGAGAAAACGACAGCAGCAAAGAUAAACAGGGGAGAUGAAGAUAAAGAGCGGCAUUAGGAGAAUGGGUAGCAGAGAAGGACAGGGUGAAAGUCUAGAGUUAUGACUGAGCUAUAAACACAAUCACAUGUUAUUGCAAAUAGAUAUAUGGAGGAAUCAGUCUAAUGAGGCCCGCAUGCAUUCGUUUGUCUGAGAAUACACAGAUACUCUACCUUAUCUUCUGUCUCUGCCAUUACACUCAGGCCAUUACCAUCCAGGUGCCGAGGAGCCCUAUCACAGCACCGGUUCAGGGAAGGGCUCUUUUCUCCGUGGACAUCACAUGCACCGGGACUCCAGCGAUCAGAUGGAUGUUCAGUUCUGUGAGCAAACAGCAAAGCAUCGCAGCCUGGAUGCUCGGAGGAGCUGCAAACGUCACGAAAAUGUACGAGGGAAGAGUGCAAACUCACCCCAACGGCUCGCUAACCAUAUCCCACCUACGUCUACAAGACUCUGGCUAUUACACCAUCACUGUGACUGAACCGUCUGGAAACAGCAAGGACGUGUGUAUGGUGUUGAGUGUAACUGAGGUGCUGUAUGAGGACAUUCAGUACUUUAUCGUGUUCAUCAUUGUGUUGGGGACGCUGGCUGCAUUUCUGAUGCUGUGCAUGUGGCUCUUGAAUAAACUACACAACUUCAUAAAGGCCUGGAGACAACGGAGAUGCUUAGCAGAGCACAACGAGACUGAACUGCAGCCACUGUGACAGAAACACUGAUUAGUGAUUGACCAGAUGAGCGUUUGCCUCUACAGAGUGCAGAUCAACAGACCGACAGCAACACCAACUCUCUGAGCGCCACACCAUCAACACCACAAUCACAUACUUAUACAUGUGUUGUUAUACUUAUAAAGGGUCCAAGGACGUCCUCUCGAGUACCAGAUGGUGGACAUUUUAUGAAUGUUCUUUGUGUUAUUUUUAAUGGAUGAAUGUUUUUAAAAAUCAUUGGAUAUUGCAGGGGCAAAUUUCCAUUUGUGGAUCAGGUACCAAUCCUAGCGAAAUUCCUCAGUUAUGUUAUUUAGUGUCCAAAUGUCUCUUAUGAAACAAAAAGAUUUGAAUGUGGCUCAGUGUCAUGAUUGCUAAAUAGUAAUAUCUAACAGCAUAUUUAAUUUUUUCCCCCCAGAUUUUCUGGGUAAGACAUGUCUGAUCUUUUCAAUUGUAAAGGUUCAAAAUAAAUCUUUGCAUAAUGAUGAUUACCUGCACUUGUUGUUCUCAUUAAACGUAGUGUCUUUAGA